AUAAAUAUACAAUUGUCUCCGUGGUCUGGUUCCCUUUCCUCGAGUUUCCUAUUUUCGUCUCCUCCCCACAGCAGCCCGGCGAAAACCCUAGUAAGCAAACCACCGGAGCAGCGGCGCUUGCGCGGGCGGAGCCAUGGCGGACGACGAUUACAACGAAAUUGACAUGGGGUAUGAGGAUGAGCCCCCAGAACCGGAGAUUGAGGAAGGAGCUGAAGAAGAGCCUGAGAACAACGAAGAUGCCCCUGAUGACGUCAUAGGUGGUGAGGGUGAAGAUAAGGAACAGGAAAAGACCAAGCGUGAACGCAAAACAACAAAAUACAUGACGAAGUACGAACGUGCGCGCAUCCUGGGUACACGAGCCUUGCAGAUAAGCAUGAAUGCUCCAGUCAUGGUUGAGCUUGAGGGUGAAACUGACCCUCUUGAGAUUGCAAUGAAGGAGCUGAGAGCGCGCAAGAUACCCUUCACGAUCAGACGGUACUUACCUGAUGGAAGCUAUGAAGACUGGGGAGUAGACGAGCUCAUUGUGGAGGACUCCUGGAAACGCCAGGUUGGUGGAGACUGAAGACGCGGAUCUACUUGGCAUGGAAAGGGUAUGUGGUGCAGUGGGUCUUUCCUGUAGUUACAAGUCUUCGUUGCCACUAUGAGUGGAUACUGUAGCGAAUGAACCAAGACGAAAUGAUGCUAUGUUAACUUAACGUCUGUGGUUGCCUUGAACUCUGGAACCGUAAUGCUAGCAUGGUUGUUGGUUGCGCUAUGCUUGUUUUUGUUUGUUUCAGUUUCAGACAUGCAGUUGCAGCGUAGCCAAAUGCGUGCUUUGUGUGCCUAAUAUCUGACACUGGAUGUGAUCAGUGUUGUUUAUGCCAAUGGUUGAGAGCUGUGCUCCGAUGAUUCAUG